AUCCGGAAACUUCUGCAUCUUCGCCCGCGAUCAAGUUCCCCCUCAUUUUUCAAAUUCGCCGCCCAUUCUCCCCCCUUUCCUGCCCAGAUCUCGUCGCCCCUCUCUGCUCCUUCGUCGCCACUCGUCUUCACUCGCCGUGCCGACGCUACCGAUUGCCUUUGCCAGUGGCCUCGCCGACGGCAGAGAAGGCUGGUGGAACGAUGAAACGGAAGACCCCAUCGGAACUUAGGAGUGAACAGUUGAAGCAAAGAAAUGGUCAGAUAAUCACAGAAAAACUUGUGCCAACUCUUCUUGAUCCAGAAAGUAAUGAGAUCAGGAAAGGUGAGCAGUUGAAGAUUCAAAAAUACUUUAACACUCGUGUCAAUGAGAUCUAUCCUGUUAAGAAGUCAAGUGAGAGAUGCAAAGUUCUAUAUGGAGAUGCGAAGGCCAAGGAAUUCUCUAGUGUUGAUGGAUAUCCUAAUGUUAUUCCUAACCCUUCUGAUCCUUCUUUACCAGCUGAGGGCAAAACAUCAAUUUUGUGUGAAAAUGUGACUAUGUUAAAUAAACCUGAAGGUGCUAAUAAAACGUGCAUAGAGAAAAAUUACCAAGGUUUCAGGAAGAUUGAUAGAUGUAGCCAAAAUAUGCUGCGCAAUGUUGUGGAGCUCCAUAUGGGAGAUGAGAAUCUUGAUAUUCCUGCCAAAAUUGAUAUGGAAAAAGCCCUAAAGGAGUUGGAUGCUCGUAAUAUUCCUACCAAUUCAACUUCGGUGCCAGUUGAUUCUGGAAAAAUUGACAAUCAAUCUCCAAAUUCAAGUGCUUUUUGUUCUGAAUUUGAGAUGCCAGGUCCUAGAAUUACUUCUGAGUUUGAGAUUCCAAGUCCUAGAAUCCCUUUUGAUUUUACCUUGAAAACCAGCUUGCGGUUGGUUUUAUCAUCCUCUGUUAAAUGGUGUCACAGGUCAUUUGCAACUCCUUCAAUUGAUGCAAGUUGUAAUCCAUACAGCUUGUGGUCAACAACUGUAGAUGGUGCUACUCCCCAGGUGAAAUUCUAUAAAUCACUGCACUCAUGGGUAUAUCCUCAGUCUUCUCUACCUGCUUCAGUUGUGUCAGUUUUGGCCUCAUCUGCUGGAAAGGAUGACUCACACUUUUGGCUGAAAAGGCAGCAGGAUUGGGAAGAUUCGUUUCGAAGCCUAUACUACAUGCUAAGAAAGAACAUUUGUAACAUGUUCUAUGUUUAUACUGUGCAGUUUGUGGUUUUGUUCAUUGGGGGCAACUUACUUGGGAAAAAGAAGCGCUCAUGUAAUGCUUACAUAUCACAAUCUACACAUGGUCUACGAUCCUUGCUAAGAAAAAAUAAAAUAAGUUUUACUAUGCCAUUUGGUGAAGUUGAAGUGGAUAGAUCAACUGAGGAUGACUUGGUUGAACUUAUGGAAAUUGAGAAGAAAAGAUUGGGCCAGAUUUUCCAUCCAAAAUCUACAACGGGGGAAGUGGAUAACAAUACCUCUCGGUCCCUCCUUUCAUUUAGUGGGCAUGAGGAGGUCCAAUCCCUAUAUGAUAUACUCAUAAAUUAUAGGGAAACCUUGAAUUCCUUUACUGGUUCAGAUGUUCCUGUCUUGUAUGCAUCUGUCCCAUUCCAGAAUGCAACUUUACAUGUUCCAGAGAUGACAUGUAAGGAGAUACGGAAAGGUGAUAUGGUCGUUCCUUCAUCCAGUGGCUCAGAUGCUAGCUAUACAGAAACUAUACCUGGUAUAUCCGUCGGUGAUCUUUGCUUUAGUGUCGAACUAAAGGAUGCAAUUAUUCCGCCAUGGGUUGUGUAUGGUGUUUGGUCUGUGAUGAGCUCUGAGGGGACUACUUUCCAGUCUUUUCUGAAGACGGAACCUACUUCACUUGCCCUAAAUGUUGCUCUCAAAUCUAUCUGCUCUCAAAAAGAAGUGCCUGAUGGUAAUGCCUUUGGGCUUCCUGCUGCGGUUAUGAAUCCUUCUCUGAGAGGUGCAAUUCUGGAGCGGCUCAGUUUUUCUGAUGGUGUUUAUACUGCUAACAUCACUUCCAUCCUCGAUGAUUAAAGAAACCAGUCCGGUAAUGGAAAGGUGACACUUCCUGCAACUGUUUAUUUACGUAAAUUUGCGAGCCUUUGCCACAGAUGUUCAAGCAGCUUGUGCGUCCGGAAGUCGGAAUCAGGCCGUGGUGCCUGUGGUUUGUCUUGUCUAACCUGGAGUAGCAUUUCAUGCUGCACAUUUUGUACUUAUGUCUGUAUCUUAUUUUGUAGUUCACUAACAUAUGAACUAAACUUGCUUAUAGACACAAGUUAUUUCUGGUGCAAAUUUACAAUUACGUAUUCUCCU